AUGCUUUUAAAAAGAAAAUUACAAAGAAAUCGGACUUCUUUUACGCAAGAACAAAUUGAAAGUUUGGAAAAAGAAUUUGAAAACUGUCAUUAUCCAGAUGUUUAUUUGCGAGAAACUUUGGCUCACAAAAUUCAUUUGCCUGAAGCAAGAGUUCAAGUUUGGUUCAGCAAUAGACGUGCCAAACAUCGCCGGGAAGAAAAAAUGCACAAACAAGGCAUUCAACCCCAACAAAUUAGAAAUAAUAAUUUAAUUAACGAUCAAUUAAUGGCCGUUUCUGGAACUCCAAAUUCAAUGAUUUCUACUUCAUCAAGUGGCCCCACAGCUAAUAAUAACAAUAAUAAUGAUAAUAUUAAUGGACAUUCAUUCGAACAAAGAAUUGAUAUUAAAAAUAUACGAAACUCUCCAUCACUUUCUUCUUCUGCCACAGCAACAGGGCAAUCAGCAAAUAAUUCAGAAUCAACUACCUCAACGCUCCAUCAAUUAGGAGUUCAGGAAAGCUCAACAACAACAACAAACAAUAGAACAAAUAAUAGAAAUAAUGCAGACAAUUCAGCAUUACCAACAACAACAACAAUUCGUCCAAUUCCUUCAAAUAUUUAUUCUUCAUUUGCAGCAUUUGGUGAUCAGUCAUUAACAACAAGAAAUGGAGUUUCUGGAUUAUUAACAUCAUCGGGAGGAUUACUACCUAAUAAUUCACUACAAACAAUGACAAAUACUAAUUAUAUGGAUCCUUACAGCUUUGGAAUGACCCAAACAAAUUUAAAUGAUUAUAAUAUGUUGUCUACACCCAGAUAUGAUUUUAAUCGAUAUCCUCGCCACCCCGAUCAAACAGCUUCAAUGACUGCAACAUUUCCUGCAUCUGCUGUAACGACAGCGAUACCUGGAUUAAGUCUAAAUAUUUCUGUCGGACAUCAACCACCUGCCAAUUUGCAGAGUUUAAGUAAUAAUUGGGGAAGUGGAACAGAUCCAAGCUAUUGGCAACCCUGAUUAUCAAUUAUUCUUUACAGUUAUUUUAUGUGGCAUUUUACUUUUUUAAACAUUUAAUUUCCCGCUUUUUUGGCAUUUUUAUUUUUCUUUCUUCA